AUGGAAUCACAACAACCAGAACAAACUCUGAAUCUCGACGAAUGCUUAAAACUCCUUUCAGGACAACGAGAUGAACAGCGCCUCGCCGGACUUCUCCUCGUAACCAAUUUCUGCAAACCUGACGAUCACUCCUCACUCUACAAAGUUUACAAUGCCAUUGGUUCUCGCUUUCUUCAUCGAUUACUCACAACAGCAACCAUAUCCAGUAACAACAACAACAACAGGGAUGCAUAUUUAACAUUGUCAGUUACAGUUCUUUCUACUCUCUGUCGUGUUCCAGAUAUUGCUUCCUCAGAAGACAUGAAUUCCAACAUCCCACUAAUGUUGGAAGUAUUUUCCAUGUCCAGUUCAUCUAUUCCAUCACCUGUUCUUGAAGAAUGUUGUGAGUUUUUGUACUUAGUAUUAACUGCUUCAGAAAAAGGAAUAAUGAAAUUUUAUGAAUUUAGUGGAAUCAAGAUACUUGCUUUGCGGUUGCGUGAGCUGCAAGGCAAUGAAGAUGAUUCGCGUAUGGUUGAUGUGUGUAUUAAACUUUUGCAAUUGAUUAUAAGUAGGAUAUCAUUAGACAAAAUCCAGAAAGAUUAUUUAUUUGAGCUUUCAAUUAUCGUGGUUGCAGUUGCGAGACAGUUCGCUAUCUUGCAUAAUUCGUUGAAAUUCGAAGCUCUACACAUUCUUAAUUCGGUUAUUUGUUCAAUAGAGUUGUCACAACUUGUUAAAACACUUCAAGAUAGUAGUUGGUCAGAUGAUAUUCGUGUUGGUAUCGUUGCCAUUUUGCAGAAUCGUGUUGCGGCUGCUGAAAGGCUUCAGGUUCUUAUUUUAGCGGAGUCUAUGGUUUCCAUAUUCGGAGAAGAUUGGUUGAUUGUUGGUCAAGUAAGCAACACUAAUGACAUGUGUUUGUUGCUUGUGUUGGAGCAAUCGAGGGUUGAAAUCGCUGUUCUUCUUAAUGACUUGGCCUAUUUAAAGUACGAAGCGCCGCAAGAUACUCUAGCUACAAUUGAGGUGCAUUCUCUUAAGCAACGAAACGUAGCUGUUGCUUACUCUUUGGUUGAGAAGAUAAUAAAACUUAUUUCAAAUGUUGGCGAGAAUGAUGUGAACUUCUUCGACGAAGGCACAUUGACGAAGUUGAUUCUACAACUUAAUGAGACAAUUGCUGUUGUGCUAGAGUAUUUAGAAGAUGCAAAGGAACAUGGUCAAAGGAAAGGGGAUGAUUUACUUGCUUCCGUGCGAAUUAUUGGAAGCUAUCUUGCAGAAGCACCACUAGCAUGUAACGAAAAGGUUCGAGAUCUUUUAGGGUAUAUGCUUUCUAUUGAAGGUGCAGAUGAACAAAUGCCCUUUCAAUCUGUCUGCUUUCUGCUACCUAUGUUGUGUCAAAUUACUAUGAAGGUUGAAGGAUGCAAGGCUCUCGCUUCAUGUGAAGGAGGACUUAAGGCUGUUUUAGAUUGCCUCCGUAAAUUAAUCGGGUCAAAACUUUGUAUGGUUGAGGAUGAUAGUUGUGUUUUCUUGGCAUGUGAUACAAUAAUGAACCUUCUAUUGAACAAAGACAAACUGCAGUUGAUGUUAGAUGAAUCAACUUAUGUAGAUCUUCUUAAAGCAUUGGCUUCUUGGUCCGAAAAUACUGAUGACAUGUCAAGUAUGAUGAUGGCUUCAAGCAUUUGUUCACUGAUAUUUGAUUAUACAUCGGAAGAGGCUCUUUUAAACCAUCCCGAUUUCAACCAUGGUACACUUAGCAGUCUUUAUCAGCUCAUUGCAAGAUGUAUGGCUUCAUCGGAACAAGGUAUGGACACGGAUAUGGAUCUAUCUGAGAUUAUCUAUGCUGGUUUCUAUCGAUGGGCUCAUCGGUACCCUCGCAUUAGAGAGGCAAUCAAAAUAUGA